CGUCAGAAUGGGUAUUCUAUGGACUUUGUGUGGACUUUGUUCCUGUGACAUCAGAUCGCUUUAACACUAAAAACAAAUAUCGCCAUUCGACUCAGCUUAGUGAAAUACCCCAAGCUCAAUAUAGUUUAGAGUGACCAGUGGUCAGUUGGCCGAUUUCAAGGCUUCCAGUAAAAUACCGAUAACUCGUCGACAGAAUACGCUAGAAAGGUCGGCCUUGCGUAGAUCGACAGAGAAAUGUAUUUGCUAUUGAUUGACUAUAUUGAAACCUAUAACUGAUAGCGAAAUUUUUUCAGACAACUUGUGGUCAAAAUAUACAGAAGAAACUGACCAGCUUGACCAGAUCGUAGUCAGGAUAAUUUAGUAAAGUUUUAUUUCCCCCACAUUUCUCUUUCUAAUGGUGAAAACCGCAAGUCUCUAGCUAUUAUCGUUCUCCAGAUAUUCAAAAAACAUCGAGGUGCAUUAUAUUUUGGUGUCGAUAAUAGUUUUGUUGUCUAUUUACAUCACACUACCGAUUAUAUCCCAAUUAGAAGAUAGUCAACUGUUUAAGUAUCAAAUUAUCACACAAAUCUACUAGUUCCAUCUUAUGAGACAAUAUAGAAUUCUACUUAUUUCUCAUUGAAAAAAUAUCAGUUUUAAAGAGUAAAAAUAUUUCUUUCUUCGAACUCUUGUUAUGUCUACAAUAAAUAUAAUAAUGUUUAUUUUGAUGAAAAAUAAUUUCUUUCUUAUUAUUCAGGUGGUGUAAGAGAAGAGCAAGUACUUGAUGCUUUUAAAAUUCUUUUUAAUGAUAAUCAAGUUAAAGCUGUACUUGUCAAUAUAUUUGGUGGUAUUGUUAAUUGUGCUAUAAUUGCAAAUGGAAUUGAAAAAGCUUGUAAAAAACUUGGUUUAAAAAUUCCUCUUGUUGUUCGUCUUCAAGGAACAAAUAUGGAUGAAGCUCGUCGUAUACUUAAUCAAAGUUCAUUUCCUAUUACAGCUGAAAAUGAUUUUGAAAAAGCUGCACAAAAAGUUUGUUCAUUAGUGAAAAAUACUAGCAAGUAAAUCGAAAAAACAGUGACUGGCAUUUCUUCUUUCGUAGAUUAUUUGUGCUUUUUUGUCCUUUAUCUAUAUUUAAAAAAUAAAUAAAAUCCUUGAUAAACUCUGACAAUUAACAAGUAUUAAUAUGUUAGAAUAAUUUAUCCACUUUUAUCAUACAAGAAUGUUUUUGAUUUUAAAGUUUUAUGAUAAAUAUUUGAUGAUUUUUUUUAUAUUUUAAUAUAAUGUUCAUACUUCAUCCUUCAUAAUUUGCCUGCUUUUUCCUUGCAACAAACAUGUACUUUAUGUUGCUGGGUUUUUAGAGAACUUUAAUGUCAGUUUUCAUUCAUGUUCAGCAAAACGAUGAUUUGACCUCUACCUUUUAUCUAAUAUAACUAAAAAUAAUGAGCCCGUCUCUAGUCAGCUUUUAUUUUUAUGUUAAUUAAAACCCGGUUGUUUUUCUUUGUCUUUUUUUUCACUUAAUAGACAAACACGUCAAAAGUUAUCAUUUUCUGUUACAAUGAUCUCGAGAACGGAGAGUCAGAAAAUGUGCCAAUAGACUUUCUUGUAUUGUAUUACUCACCUAUUGAAGAAAGUAAUAGAUUUGUAGGGAAUCUUUUUCUGUAUGGAAUUCUUAUAUUUAAAAUCAAAAUUAAUUAUAUCUCUUAGGCUCUUUACUUUUGUUAAGCUAUAAAUAGUAGAAGUAAAAAAGCUUAUUGCAGUGCUAGCGACAGAGUGAAUAUGUAUCUUAAUAAACAAGAAUGUAUCAAAUCAAGCUUAACAUAGCGCGUUGUUCUAAGUGUCAUCCUCCGUUCAUAUAAGGCUACGGUAAUCUUUUUACUUCUGCUAUUUAUCGCGUAAGAAAAGGAUAUUUAUUUAUUUUGAUCUUAAAUAUAAGAAUUUCCUACGGAAAAGACUUCCUACAAAUUCACGCUGUUAAAAUAACUUUUACUUUCUUCGAUACAUAAUUAAGUCAGCACAAGAACUGAAUAUCUGAUGCCGAUUGUUGUGCUCUUACUAAUUAUAUAUUGAACAAUGAAAUUAGCUACAAAUUUUUAGGGACUACAUAGAACACCAGUUGUUCUAUUAUAUCAUGUAUUCUGACUAAAAUUUCAACAUAGAACAAGCGUCCAAUAGUUGGCGAAAAUAAGUGGUUGGAUACUGUUUGGAGAAUAAAAACUAAACAGAUCAAUGAAUUGUUCUGACAUUUUUUACUAGUAUUUUAAAGGUUAUAGGUUGUAUUCUGAUGAAAAUCAUAUGGUUUUAGCUCAUCUUUCAAGCCAUAUCUUUCAUAAGCAUCCUCGACAUCAGCUGUUACAACAUGUAACUGGUCGUAAUCUUUUUAAGUUUAUGAUGAUCGGAGAUUAUUCGUUGAAUGGCGUUAUUAUUCAGAUUAGUUUACGAUUGAAAUUCGUCAAUUGCCAUAUGAUGAUCAUCAUUAAUAAACUGAUGAAUAGAUUUUGUUCGCUGGCUUGUGCUCUUGGUCUUCACAAAGCGAUUUAUAGCAUUUUUCAACUGUUUUGAGGAAUGAACCUUGGCUGUUGCAAAUAAAAUCUAGUGCAGUAAAUCCAGAAGCGAAAGUUUUUCUUAUGCAACAAAAUCAGCAGUGAACAGCUAUAAUCGUAAUUCUAGUAUUAUCAAACCUCCAGUCGCUCCUACAAUGUAGGGUGUGGGUGUGAGAGCAGAUGUAGGUUAUGAGCGAAGAGAGAAGCAUGAACUCUUUUCAGGAUAUUUAUAGCCCAUUUAGGUCUUCAUAAUGCACGUGGUCUCGACUCAAAAGCAGAUAGAGAUUUCUCCCUGAUAAGAUGACUCUU